CGGAUACCGUGCCAGUCGGCGACGAUGGGCAAUGGCAUCUCGAGCCCACCGGGCGAGAAGCUCAUCGGGCUGGCCAACUUCGGCAACACGUGCUACUGCAACGCUGUGCUCCAAGUACUCUACUUCUGCGAGCCAUUCCGAGCUGGGCUUGCGGCGCACCACCGCCUCAAGGGCAAGAAGGGUGAAGCGACGCUUCUUGACUGCCUCGCCGAGCUCUUUGAGAAGAUAUCAACGCAAAAGCGAGCGACGGGCACAGUCACGCCCAAGUCGUUUGUUGCCAAGUUGCAGCACGACAACGAGACGUUUCGGGGCACUCUGCAUCAGGACGCCCAUGAGUUUCUCAAUUAUGUUGUCAACGCUAUCUGUGACUUGGUCCAAGCAGAAACAGCGAACAAGGAGCGAACGUGGGUUCACGAACUAUUUGAGGGCACGCUGACGAACGAGACGACGUGCUUGGGCUGCCAUGCCGUCUCACGCCGAGACGAGACUUUCUUGGACCUGAGCGUCGAGAUCGAGCCGCAUGCGUCCCUAACGUUUUGCCUGAAGCAGUUUGGUAUGGUCGAGACAUUGUCUGGCGACGACCAGUUCUCUUGCGAUGCGUGCCACAGCCGCCAGGAUGCAGAGAAGCGGCUUUUCUUGCGAGAGACGCCGCCUGUGCUGGCGUUGCACCUCAAGCGCUUCAAAUUCAUGGAAGCAUCUCAAUCGUUCGCCAAGCUAUUUCAUCGCGUGCUCUUCCCAGACGAACUUCAACUGCCUUCGCGCCUCAUGCUGUCGACGUCAAAUGAGACCUACGACCUUUUUGGCAUUGUCGUGCACAUUGGAAAUGGACUCGAUGAAGGCCAUUAUGUGAGCUUGAUUUUGUGGAAGACACAAUGGCUUCUCUUUGACGACGAUCAUGUGUCGAAAGUCGACGAAGGCAUGCUCGAUGUGUGCUAUGGCGACGGCGACGCGACAACAUCCAGUGCGACGGGGUACCUCCUCUUCUACAAGCGGCGAUAGACAGCGACAACAUUCGACGCAACCUCCUCGUUGUUGUCAUAUACUACAGUAACUUGGACACGUGGCUUACGACGACUUUUCCAUGAGAUGGAUCGGCUUGAGGAUCGAAACCUUGUUGGUCUCGACGAUGCAGCCAUUCAUGAUCAUUUCGUC